CUAAAAUUUAACAAACAAAUCAUCCCCGUCGUGUACUCGUCAGUCGUCUCUUCUCAAUUUCUCCAGUUCUCUUCUCGUGGCUUGGCUGGAAGUGAGCUUCACAAAACUUCGAUCCUGAACCCGAAUUCAGAGGUGAAGCCCCUCCUCGCGUCCCAGUUCCAAUAAAGCGAGACCGACUCGAUGGUGCUUACCAAUUUCGAUGGCGUCGGCGUGGGAUUUGGGUUUGGAGUUGGUUGUGGCUUCGGCGUUGGAUGGGGUUUUGGCGGAAUGCCACUGAAUAUUUUGGGCCUUGGUGCAGGAGGAGGAUGUGGAGUUGGGCUAGGACUUGGAUGGGGCUUUGGCAGUGCCUUUGGUAGUCACUACAGAUCAUCCAGACUCACUUUCCACGGCGUAGAGUUUGGGAAGAAAGACGAACCAAGCAAUAGCAAGACCAGCAAGAGCAAGAGUAAUGCUAAUGCCCCUAGCAGCAAGCAACUUCAAAAGCACACGUCAAGUUAGAACCUCCAAAUAGCUUCUUCACAUUGUACUGUAACCCUAGUUCCAAGUUAUCGAGUGUGAAUGGAGAUAGUGCAGGUGUUCUUAUGUUAUCAGUAAGGCAGAAGUGAACUGAGAACCGUCAUAUUCCUGAUGUUCGCAAUGCACUUCUCAUCUCAAUCAAUUGAAAGCCAUAUUGUUUGUGAAUCACUGUUUAUCAAUCAAUCCCCAAGCUUUGAAUUAACAAAUAGAUAGAAUGUUU